AUGAUUGGCCACACAGCCGUGCGGGCGGCGCAGCAGCAGCAUGCGCGUCGCCUAGACCGUGCAGCUGUGCGGCGUCUAUUCCCGCCGAGCCAAAUCGCGCAGUGGCCGUCCGACUAUCUCCCUGCAACCGGCGUCGCCCACUUUCUUAGCCCCGACGGCGUGCCGCUGGAGGACGUCAUCGACUGUUAUCGCGACAUCAAGGUGGACAAGCGGCAUGAGCUGCAGCGCGACUUCGCCGCGGACUACACCAUGUGGUGCCGCGCGACGCUGAGUGACUUCGUGCGGCGCCUGGGUGACCGUGAGCGGCGGCGGCUGCGGCGGUUCACUGCACGCGACCGCACCAUGCACGACGCCGAGGUGCGGGCGUUGUUUGACCUCUGCCCCUACGCCCCGCCGCAACCAACAGCAGCAGAAGGAGGAGAAAGGCGCCGGUAUGAAUUCACACCGUACGCGGCGACACAGGAGCAUGCGAUGCUCCCAGUCUCGCGCUGCAAGGGGCCCGGCGCAAGGCUGCACUUUACAACCUUCCCGCAGGUCCGCAACGUGCUGCACACCGAAUUCGACAGCAUGGGGCCCACACGCGCCAUCUCGAUGCUCAGCGGCGAUGAUCUCAUUCCCACAACGGAGUUUGUGCAAGCGCUGGCCUUCUACCUUCGCCGUCGUGUGGAGGAAAUCGCCGCUUCGGAGGAGGCGUUCCGACGCUCCGCCACAGGCCACACCAAUAGCAGCAGCAGCAGUGGCGUUGCUGAGUGCACCUCAUGCACGUUCUCUACCGAGACACCAGUAGUAUCUUUCUUUGGAAACGGAAGGUUGGCGUGGCUGUUAAACAGCAGCGAACUCCUACCGUUCCCGGUGAUCCCGGUUCAGCCGCCCGCGUACGCUGCGAGACGUGCUCGGCGGCAGAAGCACUUGCUCGCACACGAUGGAUUCUUGUCGGAGUUGACAAAGAAUGGCGCCAUUGCCGACGGUUUCAGCACGGUGUUUCCAUGUGAAACCAUUAGUGUUGGGGAUGCUCUGCGCAAAUACCGUCCGUGUGUUGCGUUGGUGGAGCCGCACGUCGAUCGUGACUGGUUGUGUGACCAGCGUGGCUUCUACUCCACGCGGGAGGCGCUGCUGCUGGGCCCGGUGGACUCACCGGCGAUGGGUUCCUUCGCGUUCCCGCUGCUCACAUUUGGCGUCACGCCAGGGCCGACGACGUACUGGACGUACAACGACGCACUGCAGCGCGUGGUCGCCGCGAACCGAAUUCAAAUGCCGAUGGACCCGCCGUACGUCUCACAGGGGUACAAGCGCCGUGCGCUGGAUGAGAUAUCGGCGUACAUGCUAUCGCCAAACGACUGUCACGCAUUUGGUUGUCAAUACCGCUGUCUCAGUUUCGUGCGCACGGUAUACCCAGUGGUUAAGAGUCAGCCCGAAGAAGCCCCCACUAUUGCAGCUGCUGUGUCCGACGCCACACAGCAAGUGUAA